UGGACGUGAAUAUUAGAGUAUAAUGGAAAAGCACAAGAGCUGAACUUUAGGCUCUCCAUGACAGGAGCUAAAUAGAAGCUGGUUCGCUCCAUGGUUCAUGUUACACGUUGGCACUGACUGGAUGGGUCCAGGAGUCACACACCAAGAGGGAGUAUGAGUUUGUGUGUGUGUUUUGUGUGUGUGUCAGCUGAAGGGGGACGGGGACAUGCCACCCACAGGGAGUUCAGACAGGUAAACAGGUACCGCGCUGCUUCACUUGCUCCAUCACUCCGACAACAUACUCACUAAUGAUCUCAACGACAUCCAGCACAGCCGAGAUGGUUACACAGGGUAAACUUCAGAUCACCACCGCGGAGAAUGUAGAAGACAAAAACUCAGGGAGGCUGGGAUGUUUCGGUUGGCUGUUGGUCAUCAUAUCCCUUCUUUUUAUAAUAGGAACCUUCCCCAUCACAUUAUUUUUGUGUAUUAAGAUCGUGAAGGAGUAUGAGCGAGCUGUCAUUUUCAGACUUGGCCGGAUCACAGACAGGAAACCUAAAGGGCCAGGACUUUUCUUUGUUCUGCCCUGCACUGACACCUUCGUGAAGGUCGAUCUCAGAACUGUGUCUUUUGACAUCCCUCCACAAGAGAUUCUGACCAGAGACUCAGUGACAGUGUCUGUGGACGGUGUGGUGUACUUCCGUGUACACUGCCCCAUCUCAGCUGUGGCCAAUGUGUCCAACGCACACUCAUCUACACGGCUGCUGGCUCAAACCACCCUGAGGAAUGUACUCGGUACCAAAAACCUUGCAGAGCUGCUGUCUGACAGAGACGCCAUAUCACUCAGCAUGCAGGAAGCUCUGGAUGAUGCCACUGAUCCGUGGGGCAUUAAGGUGGAGCGCGUAGAGAUCAAAGAUGUGAAGUUGCCUCUGCAGCUGCAGAGAGCCAUGGCAGCAGAGGCAGAAGCCAGUCGGGAGGCCAGAGCGAAGAUCAUUUCUGCUGAGGGAGAGAUGAAUGCUUCCAGGGCUCUGAAGGAAGCCUCUCUGAUCAUCGCAGAGUCACCCUCUGCUCUCCAGCUGCGAUAUCUGCAGACCCUCAACACCAUCGCAGCAGAAAAGAACUCCACCAUCAUCUUCCCUCUGCCCAUAGAUAUACUACAGAACUUUAUGAAGAAGUAG